CUGUCUCUAUUAUAUUUAUAUAAUAAUAAUAAUAAAUGGACGGUGAUAAAAAAGUCUAAAUCCCUAAUCUCGCAAUCGCAGAGCUUCUCGCCUCUCGUCUUCUCCAGCGUCCGAUCAAUCUUCUCUUUCUCCUCCGAUCAUCCCCUCACUCUCUCCCGCCUUUUUCAAAUCAUCAUCUCUUUCUCGCGCUCGCUCUCAGAUGGCGGACUCGCAGGCUAAGUCGUCGGGGAUGAGUCCCGGAGUAGGAGGCGGUGGAAGCCACGAGAGCGGCGGAGAUCAGAGCCCGAGGUCGAUGAAUGUUCGUGAGCAGGAUAGGUUUCUCCCGAUCGCUAACAUAAGCCGAAUCAUGAAGAGGGGUUUGCCUGCUAACGGCAAGAUUGCUAAAGACGCUAAAGAGACUAUGCAGGAGUGCGUCUCUGAGUUCAUCAGCUUCGUCACCAGCGAUGGGUUCCUUUCAUUGUGCAGAGCGAGUGAUAAGUGCCAGAGAGAGAAGAGGAAGACUAUUAAUGGAGAUGAUUUGCUUUGGGCUAUGACCACUUUAGGAUUUGAAGAGUACGUUGAGCCUCUCAAGUUUUACCUGACGAGAUACAGAGAGAUGGAGGGUGACAACAAGGGAUCAGGAAAAGGCGGGGAAUCAAGUGCUAAGAGAGAUGGUCAACCAGGCCAAUUUCUGCAGCAGGGCCAGCAAGGCUCUUUCUCACAAGGUCCUUAUGGAAACGCUCAAGUAAGUGCUUUCUCUUAGCAAAGAGGAGAAAUAAGAGUACACACAAGAAUUAUAACAGUUCAAUGGUAUAAAAUUUGUUCGGACUUUUAGUAUCCAGAGCUUAAACGACCGUAAAUAUUAUGAAAUAACCAAAAGAAAAACUGAUUAAACUGUUUUUUUUUGGGUGACUGUAGGGUUCGCAUAUGAUGGUUCAGAUGCCGAACGCAGAGUAGUAGUAGAACGAUAUUCAUCACAAUCUCCGGAGAUUCAUCUAUCUAUUCAUGUUCUUGUUUCUGAGAAUCUGAGCGAUCCACUGUUCAUAUAUUUGAACUGUGGUAUCUCUUGUAUAUGAGAAUUGUGUUUUAGUUUGAGAAGAGAUUGUGGUUUGCUCAAAAUAUGAGAAUUGAGAAGCAACUUUUGUUUCAACAUUUGAUUGUUUUAGUUUCUUAACUUUAACUUUUGGUCUUAAGAAGAAAAGCCUAUUGAUUCA